AUGAGGCUAGAAGACCUGUUUGUUAGGCUAAAAGACGAUCCAUCGGCAAUGCCAGAGAUAGAAAGGGAAAUACAGAGAUGUGUGAGCUCGGAAGAUCUCGCUCCAGCCAAGGAGCUGAUGGCCUCUGCAAUUCCAGAGGUCAAGUUUUAUGCUCUGAAGGUUAUUGAGCAGCGAGUUAGAAGCAAGAAGAUGGCAGGGAUUUCUCUAGAAGAGGAGAUGGGCUUUAUGGCCGGCCUUGUCCAAAGCAACGAGUCUGAUAAGGCGGCACAGGUAUUUGCCCUUCUUGGGAUUUAUGAGUGGCCUUCUACUUUUCCCCAGUUUUUCUCGAUCAUUAUUGAUCUUCUCUCCCACAAGAAGGAAAUGGGAUAUAAGAUUCUGGAAAACUUUCUCUACCUGUGCAACUACAGCCAGGAGAUUAACGAAGAAAGAAAAGACGAGCUGAAAAGAGGAUGUGGCGUUAUGUCAAAUGCAUACAUGCCCUUGUUUGAUGACUCGAUGGCAGAGCACAUCAUUCCGAUUUUGACGGAGUCCCUUAAGAUGAUGCCUCGGACCUUUGACUGCAGCAUAAUACUGAGAAGAGGGGCUGGAUUUCCCGAAAAGACUAUCGAGUUUCUCAAUGACGGGAUGGAAAUGCUUGAUAUAGAAAGUGUCAUUGAUCUUGCGUCGAGGAUGGACAUCUCCUAUGGAAUGAUAAUAUGUUUUAAUAAUCUGAAGGACAAGGCGCCUCGAGUAAGCAAUGUCAAGAAGAUGUACGAGUAUGUUUUUAAGGGCCUUCGGAAGGAUUUGAUCACCUUUUCUGCAUCUGUUGAGUUCUGGACAAAGCUUUUUGGGCGGGACGGAUCGGAGGAAAUAGUUGGAGAUGUUCUAGCGGAGGUUGUUUCGAUCUACAUUAGCAUCGACGAAAGACAAAGGACAGAGAUUGAAGGAGAAGUGUUUGGGUUGUUCAACGCCAUCUGCAGGAAUUAUCCAAGGUCUGUGAUAAGCUUUAUAGGUGUCAAUGGAGAUUGCAUUGGAAGAAAGCUGGCUCUUUACUUCCUGAAGAAGCUUUUUGGGGCUUCGCAUUCAUCAAAUGUUCCCCAAGAUCUAACAUUCAGUGACCCUGUUCUGUGCUGCUCACUGGCGAUCUAUAGAAAAGACUUUUCUGCUGUCGACUAUAUCCAAUAUUUUGACCUUAGCGAAAAAGAGCCUUGCAAACUGGUCAUUAGGAUUCUGGAGCUGUUCCCUCUCUCUGCUCCGCAGCUUGAACAUAUACUGAGCAGAUGCAAUGUAUCUGACAAGACCUACACCAACGAGGUUAUUGUAGAAUGUUUUAUAAGACUUGGGCGGGAGGAGAAAUUUACAGGAAACUGGUCAUAUGACGAGCUUAUGAGAUUUUUCUUCUAUCUCAAAAGAAGUCCUGAGAAGUUCCGAGGGCUUUCAAGCUCCUACUACAGAACGUUUUUGGAGAAAGGCCCGUUUGAUAGAUGUUUUGCCAUCCUUAGGAUGUUGGGAGAUGUUCCUGAGGAGAUACUUCAAAGAAUCUAUUCUGACUUGGACACCUAUUCGCUUAUAGAUACUUCUUGCUUUAACAGAGAUCUCCUGGGCUAUUUGGAAAACCAAGGCCCAUUUAUUCAGAAGGAGAUUGGCCGACUUGUAAAUGAAUGGGGGGUCUCGGAGGAUCCGGGAGAUCUUAUUGUCUGUGUGAAGUCCUUGGUCCAUGUGAUUGCCCACGCAUCGGGCCCCUCCCGGGAGCACAAACUGUGCCCUUACAUCAACGAGUUGGUUGAAAUUCUCCAAAUAGAUGAUCCGACAGUCGUAAAGAAGGUGUCUGAAACAUUCAACAUCCAUACCGGGCCAUUUGACACAUACAGGGCUGUUUAUCUAUUUAUGGUAUCAUACAACUCAGGAGCCCUCGAGAAUGCACACUCCUCGAUUGUGUCAUCUCUUACUUUAUGCAUAAAGCAGGAGGACGGGCCAAAAGCCUUCAGCGAGACCUUGGGAAUAGAUCAAUCGACAUGCAUAAACCUAAAGGAGGACGUACUGAAGUCGCAGACAAGAAGAGCUCAAAGUCUGGUCCGGGCCUUUCUUCAGGGAUACAAGGGAAAGCCUCUUAAUUCUCUUUAUGCAAGUGACUUCAAGGUCAAAGGACAGAACCUCCUUGGAAAAAUCCCAAAAAAGGAAGUCGAGCUUGAAAUUGAAAGAUCCUUCUUUGGAGAUGGAAUGCAAUAA